AUGUUGGCGUCUCUUGCAUUACCUAAUCUUCCACGUGUAUCAUCUCGUUCCCAAGCUCCAAAAGCUGCAGUCAAAUUGGAACCUACUCGAUGGUCUUCUCGUCAACGGACUCGACGUGAAACAUUCAAGCAACACGAAACCCAGCAAAAAGUGCAACAUACUUCGCAACAAAUGCAAGAAAUUGCAAUUAUUGCAAUAAAACCAACAUUAAAUCUAACGCAACAAGAAGUAGAAAAAGUGCAGAAAAUUGCGAAAAAGAAACAAAAAAUCGACGAUCGAAAAUUCGAACGGUUAGAAAAAUCGAAACAGCGAGAUAUGGAAAUUCAAGUUACGGAACGAAAAAAACAGCAGGUUAUUGAGCCAAGAAAAAGACAAAUGGAACGGCAAGAACCAUAUGAAUUACCGCCCGAGAAAGUUGCCAAGCGAAAUGCUGAUAUACAAAAAUUCAUACAAGAGGAAUUGGAUAAACAAGCGUAUCUUGCACGGGAACAGAAACAAUGGGACGUGGAACAUCCGAUAUCAAGACAAGAAGAAAUGUUGAAACAAAAUGACGUGCAGGAGCAACUUCCAACGACGGGAGUUGUUGAAGAAAAUAAAAGUGGAGAAAUAACAAAUGAAUUUGACGAAGCAGACUUGAUGGAAACGGUGAUGGGAGAGUUGGAGUAUGAAGUGAUGUUGUAG